GAACUAUUACAGCGGCAGGUUGGGGAAGGUAUCAUGUUUGAGGCAGAGAGAAAUUGGACCAUGAUCUCGAGUUAUUGGAUGUAUUUUGGAAGUGCUGUUUUGAGCAAUUUAGUUAUUUGUGAGAAAGUAAUCAAUUCUAGAGAAGGAGCGGUAAACAGAAGUGUUACCUUUUUGUUUUGAAAUUAUUAUAAUUUGUUUUCCCUACGUAUCUCGGCGAGUCCGAAUUUGUGCAUAUAUUCAUCUAAAAUUUGGGAAGACUGAUUGUUUGGAAUUAUGUUUUUUAUUUGAGAGGUCGAUGGUUGGAUUAAGUACUAUAUUAAAGUCACCACCGAUAAUAAUUGUUGAAUUAGAUGACAAAUUGGUCAGAUGUGAAUAAAAGUUGGAUCAUCAAUAUUAGGGGCAUAUACCUUCACUAAUGUGUAUAAUUUGUUAAAUAUAGUUGAAUGAAAAAUUAAGUGUCGGCCUUCUGGGUUCAAUUAUUGUGCUAUUUAGUGUAAAAGUAGUGUAUUAUGAAUUAGUAUUGCGAUUACUCGUCUGCUGUUAUAGCUAGCUGAAAAGGACUGACUGAAAUUGAAAUUGGACAGGUAAAUUUCUUCAGAAUGCACCCUUAUGGGGGGCACAAGCCAGUGCAAAGCUUCCAGAAGAGUGGACCACUGCAGCCAAGGUGAUCAGAGAGGCAGGCAGGCACACAAAUUCCUUGUGUUUUUUGGACAUAAUUGGCAAAUAAAGAUGAUUCUGAUUCGGAGUACUUGGUGUAUCUUCUGGCAGGAAAGGAGAGAAGGAGACUUGGUGGUGGAACCUCACAGUACAGGAAAUCAUACAAGGAAAAAGACAUCACUGAAGAUCUUCGUACGAAGCAGCAGAAGCCAGAGCCCCCUCACAUUAAAGACGAAAUGGAGGACGAAGAGGUCCACCACAUCAAAGGGGAAGAGGAGCCCAUUUCGAUUAAAAAAGAGGAGGAAGAAGCGCGGUCCCACAUCAAACAGGAAGAGGAGGAUCUCACCACAUUUCCAUCGACUGGUGUCCCUUUGAAGUGUGAAGAUGCAGGUCAAAGUGAGGAGAGCAGAGGGGCGGAGCCUCCAAGCAGCAGCUCAAGUCAACACAUGGCAACAGAAGGUGAUGGAGACCGCUGUGGAGGAUCACAAGCAGGCGGCCUCUUAGCUCCACUGUCAGAUAGUGAUGACAUGACGUCACACUCUACUCACACUGAAGAUGAUGAUAAACAGUCUGAAGGUGAUAGGACAUGUCACACUGACAACAAACAAUGGAAAUGUUCUCAUUGUGGGAAAACAUUUGCUUAUAAGAGCAUUAUGAAACAACACGUGAGAACACACACUGGUGAGAAACCUUUUUCCUGCUCAGUUUGUGGUCAAAGAUUCUCUGAGAAGGGACAUUUACAAAUACACACAAGAACCCACACUGGUGUGAAACCUUUUUCCUGCUCAGUUUGUGGUCAAAGAUUCACUCAGAAACAACACUUAAAAAGACACACAAGAACCCACACUGGUGUGAAACCUUUUUCCUGCUCAGUUUGUGGUCAAAGAUUCACUCAGAAACAACACUUAAAAAUACACACAAGAACCCACACUGGUGAGAAACCUUUUUCCUGCUUAGUUUGUGGUCAAAGAUUCUCUGAGAAGGGACAUUUACAAAUACACACAAGAACCCACACUGGCGAGAAACCUUUUUCCUGCUCAGUUUGUGGUCAAAGAUUCUCUGUUAAGGGACACAUAAAAAUACACACAAGAACCCACACCGGUGAGAAACCUUUUUCCUGCUCAGUUUGUGGUCAAAGAUUCUCUGUGAAGGAAAGCUUAAAAAGACACACAAGAACGCACACUGGUGAGAAACCUUUUUACUGCUCAGUUUGUGGUCAAAGAUUCACGCAUAAAGGAAGGUUAAAAAGACACACAAGAACCCACACUGGUGAGAAACCUUUUUCUUGUUCAGAUUGUGGUCAAAGUUUCUCUGACAAGGGAAACUUAAAAAGACACACAAGAACCCACACUGGUGAGAAACCUUUUCCCUGCUCAGUUUGUGGUCAAAGAUUCUCUCGUCAGUCUCGGGUUAAGACACACAAGUGUGCUGGUGAGAAUAGCAGUGAUCAAGAUGCUUUUAAUCUAAAUGUUUAAUCUAUAAAGUAUUUACUUUGUUUCUGACUUACAGAAUACAAGAAUGCAGAUUUUUGUAUACACGCUUUUAUUGUAUCUACUUGUUGUCCAUAUAUUUUCGAAAAGCCUCCCACGGGCAAAUGUUGAGAAUUCGCACUGGUGCCAAAAUACUUGAACGGGACAAGUUAAUGGUGUGAACAUAGACACUUAUUCCAUAGUUCUGGACUCAUAAAUGAUAUCUGCAGGGGAAAAAAAGCCCUCCAAAAUAGAUUCAAUAAUAAUUUUAGAAUCCUAUACUGAUGAACUAUUUGAUUUUCAGCCAGAUUUUGGCCCCCCCAUAUUUUGUCAGCCUGUUAAAGCCUGCCACAUAAUGAGCAGGAGCCGAUUUCAUAUCCUCAUUGAACUUCUGUUUUCCAUGGUGUCAUUUUUGCCCAUCUUAAAAGUCUGGAUGAAUUUUUUUUUUUUUUUUUUUUUUUUUUUUUUUUUUUACAAUAAUGAGUGAAAAUAGUGAAAUAUGCUGGAACGCUUGUUGAAAAGAAAUGGACCGUUGAAAGGCCUCCUUGAGGAAAGAAUACCAAUACCUCAUCCCACAUCGAGUAAUUCUAGCAGAUUCAUUUCCACAUAUGUCAGCUGAGUUGAUCACAAGGACGUUUCUGUAGGCGGCAUUGUGUGACGGGCGUGGACUUUGGCUAGCUGUCAUAAUGUCGGAUGCCCCAUGACGAGGGUCUCCCGGCCAAACGCGUUACGUCGCUUAAUGUCCCGAAACUGCAGCUCAUCUGAUUUGAACUUAUCUGAUCCAUAAAAUUAAAAAAAUUUUAAAAAAGGGAUUUAUUGUUGUAAUAUUUUCAGAGGUUGAAGCUGCCAAGAGUAAAGAUGUCCGCAUACAUUUUGGUGAUGAUUGUUGACAGUUUUUGGACAUUAAGCCAUGUUUUUUGGGGGUUCAUGCAUGAGGCUUGCAAGGAUGUGGCACUCGCCCACCGUGUUGGUAUGAUAUUAAUGGUGACACCCUAAUAAAUUAAUUAGUGAUUGAACAUAAUUUUGUUGUACUAGCUGUUGUUCAUGUGGUGCAAUGAUAUAUGACAGCAAUGUAAGAUGUAAUACCAGCUUGAACAAAGCGGUGUUUGGAAACUCAAGCAAGGUGUUUUUGUUGUUGUUGUUUUUUGUUAAAUAUAGGGUUAGGGAUAUUUGCUGAGCUUGCAUUAGUAAUAUGGACGAUUUUGAGAAAGGGAGAUAUCUCGCCUUCAAGAUGAUGACUCAGCAGGAAUCAUCUGAUGGAAGGGCGCCUUGACCAAGGACGUGGCAGGUGUUGGUCCCAUGUCUUCACCUUGAAACCCUCCCCUGAGUAUGUUGUGUCUUGUAAAACCUUCCUAUUUCAAAUAAAUGCAGGAGCGACGGGAGAGAUUGUUUAGAGCGUGAUGAGAGGCUGUAAUCUGAACAAUCUCCCAUACGCCCUCCU